AUGCGUAUCGCAACAGCCGUAGCAGCGGUUAUUUCGCUAUGUCUCGCUGAGCUGCAACACCCUCUAGGACACCAGCAUCCAGAAACUCCAGCCGACAGCCCCUUCAACGAAGCCUUCAACCAGCGAGUUGAAUGGGCACUGGAACACUUCCACAUCCCCGGCCUCUCCAUCUCCAUUAUCAACAAUGGCACGACCUUUGCAAAAGGCUACGGUCUAUCUAACAUCGCCACAUCCACCCCCGUCACCCCCAACACGCUCUUCUUCGCAGGGAGCACCACAAAAGCACACACAGCCGCUGCCCUCUCGCUGCUCGUCGACGACGACAACUACCCUCACAUCCAAUGGGAUACACCAAUCCACACCCUCCUCCCUGAAUUCGCACUCAGUGACCCGCUUUAUACCUCGCAGAUAACCCUCACCGACAUGCUCAGCCACCGCUCUGGUCUCCCGCGGCACGAUAUGCUGAUGCUGCUGAAUACCACCACCAAAGACAUCGUAGCGAGGCUGCAGCAUCUCCCGCUGACAGCGCCAAUUCGUACAAAAUUCCAGUACUGCAACCUCAUGUAUAUCACGGCUGCGCAUCUAAUCGAGACCGUAACAGGCUCAACGCUCGAAGAGUUCCUCCGGAUGAAUAUCUGGAACCCACUCGGAAUGAAUGAUACGGGGUUUAACCUGCAAGCAGCACUAGAUAGGAAUCUCGACGUCGCUCAGGGAUACUACUACGACCCUGACACUGACACUGACUCUGAUAGCGAAAACGGGAAACUCCACCCAACAAACCGCACCUACAACCCCGCCGUCACAGGCGCAGGAAACAUCCUCACCUCCGCAUCGUCUUACGCGAAAUGGAUGCACGCCCUACUUACUCGCUCCCCGCCCAUCUCUCCAGCUGGAUACACCGCGCUUUUCAGCGCCCAUACCAUCGGCAGCCCAGUCACAACUAACCCAUUCAGCUCGCCAGACCUAUACGGGCUGGGCUGGGUAAUCCAGAACUACCGCGGCGAGGCGAUCGUGCAGCAUGGCGGCGCGCAGGACGGGUACGGGGCCUUGGUGGUGAUGCUUCCACAGAGGGGGUUCGGGGUGGCGAUGCUAGGAAAUUAUAUGGAGGGGAUGAAUGGGGCGGCGCAGGUUUUGGGGUUCCAGCUUGUUGAUGAUUUGCUUGGGGUUGAAGAACAGGGGAGGUUUGAUUGGGUUGGGACAAUCGAUAACCAAACUCGCCAAUUCCAACUGACGAACGAGACAUUCGAAAGACUGUACCCUGAUCUGCCGGAUACUUCAGAACUCAUUCCAGCCCCCCUAGAUAGUGUUUCCUUCACUGGUCGAUAUACCCACCCAGCCUAUCCAACCUUGAACAUCUCAACCUGCCCGGAACGUGCACCACUCAGAAAACCUGCGAAAUGGACAGGAGUGCGACUGUGCGGGUCAUUCGAGGAUAUUGUCCCCCUCCCAGAUGAGCUGACGUUUGAUUUCUUCCAUCUCACAGGGGGAUAUUGGGCGCUUGUGCUUGGGUUGGAGGGGAUGCAUCAGGCUACAAGAGCGGAGUUUAGGGUCUCGGUUGGUGGUGUUGUUGAUAGGAUUGGGAUGGAGUUCGAUGGGGAGAUGAUGCUGAAGGGGGAGAAGAUCUGGUUUGACAGGUUUAAUGGCUAA